CCCCCCCGAACUAUCUCCAGCUUUCCUGGCCGUCGUGAUUGGCGGCGCCACGGGGAGGGGGCGGAGCAUCAGAGUGGGAGACCCUGCGGAGAAGUUCCCUCCUGCUGCUACGCCCGAGUGGAGAAGGCAGCCCUGUUCGCAGGACAAUCGCGACGCUGACAGGCGAAGGAGGCGGCGAGAUCGGCUGCGACCGGGCGACCAUGAGCUUCAGCUGCGACGUGGUGGUGAUCGGGGCAGGCAUCUCAGGUCUGUCAGCAGCUAAGUUGUUGUCUGAAUCUGGAGUUAAUGUUGUGGUUUUAGAGGCUCGUGACAGAGUUGGGGGCCGGACUUUCACGAUUAGGAACAAGCAAGUAAACUAUGUAGAUGUUGGUGGCGCCUACAUAGGACCUACCCAGAACCGGAUUCUGCGACUGGCUAAAGAACUUGGCAUAGAAACAUACAAAGUAAAUAUAGCUGAGAAAACUAUCCUACAUAAAAAUGGAAAGUCGUAUCCAUUCCAUGGUGCCUUUCCUCCAGUGUGGAAUCCUUUAAUAUACCUAGAUUUUAACAAUUUUUGGAGAACAAUGGAUGAACUGGGAAAAGAGAUUCCUGCUGAAGCACCUUGGGAUGCACCUCAUGCUGCAGAAUGGGACAAAAUGACAAUGAAAGAGUUCAUUGACAAACAUUGCUGGACCAAAACCACUAGGGAUUUCGCUACGCUCUUUGUUGACAUCAAUGUCACUUCUGAGCCACAUAUGGUCUCUGCUCUCUGGUUCCUGUGGUAUGUGAAGCUGUGUGGAGGAACAAUCAGGAUCUUUUCUGUAGCCAAUGGAGGGCAGGAAAGGAAGUUUGUCGGGGGUUCUGGACAGAUAACAGAGAAGAUAAUGGAACUACUCAAAGGCAAUGUUAAGCUGGAGAGACCUGUAGUCCACAUUGAUCAGUCAGAUGAUAGUGUCAUUGUAGAGACACUGAACCAUGAGACAUAUAAGAGCAGGUAUGUGAUUAGUGCCAUCCCACCAAUCUUAACCACAAAGAUUCAUUUCAAGCCAGAACUGCCAACCAAAAGAAACCAGUUAAUCCAGCGCGUUCCCAUGGGCUCUGUCAUUAAAUGCAUGAUGUACUACAAAGAAGCCUUCUGGAAGAAGUCAGAUUUUUGUGGCUGUGCAAUGAUUUUGGAUGAAGAGGCUCCAAUUUCAAUCACCUUAGAUGAUACUAAACCUGAUAAGUCUGUACCUGCCAUUAUGGGCUUUAUCCUUACAAGAAAGGCCUUUAGACUAGCAGAUCUUAGCAAAGAGGAGAGGAAGAGAAAAAUCUGUGAACUAUAUGCAAAAGUGUUUGGAUCAGAAGAAGCUUUACAUCCAGUGCAUUAUGAAGAAAAGAACUGGGGUGCAGAACAAUAUUCUGGCGGCUGCUAUUCAGCCUAUUUUCCACCAGGGAUAAUGUCCCAAUAUGGAAGGAUCAUUCGUCAGCCUGUAGGCCGAAUCUACUUUGCUGGCACUGAGACAGCUACCCAGUGGAGUGGCUACAUGGAAGGUGCAGUGCAGGCUGGAGAGAGGGCGGCCAGAGAGAUAUUGCACAGCAUGGGAAAGAUUUCAAAGAAUGAAAUUUGGGUGACAGAACCAGAAUCAAAGGAUGUCCCAGCUCUCCCAAUCACUACCACAUUUUUGGAGAGAAACUUGCCGUCCGUCCCAGGACUGUUGGGCUUCCUUGGAUUUUCUGCUUUCUUCACCUCGCUGGCUGCAGCUGGACUCUUUGCCUAUAAAAAAGGAUGUAUCUUCCAAGAGUGCUUCUGAAACAAGAGUUUCAGUUAUCCUGUUCAUGCUGGAAACAGCAUUUUUAUCGUUGGAAUUGUAUUUUUAUCAGUUUCUGUAUAGGCAGCCUUGAGUGAGGUUUACCAAUAAAUAAAUAUUUUUAAUAAAUAAAUGUUGUUCUUGGAAAGAAGUCUUUUUAGGAUCCAGUUUUAGACACCUGAACCAAUACAUCAAAACCAAUUUUAAUCAGUGUCCUUUUACAACCCAGAAUGUAAGCUGUAGUGGAAAAGUAAGGGUUCUAUUUUCUUUCCUUGCUGACUUUUUAAAAUUACAAUCAGUGGCUUUCCCCCUUUCCCUGCCCCCAUACCUAAUGAGAACAAACCAGAACAGAGACUUUGCACAUUUCACAAUGCCUUUGGAAAACGUCCAUUUGUCUUAAUUUUUUUUAUCUCACUCAGCGAACAAAUAAAUGUUAAAGGCUUACCUAGUGGCUUAUUAAACUAGAUGCUUCUGCUGUCAAGUGCCUGCUGUACUUCAUGUACUGCUAUUUAAAAUGACAAAGCUGUAAUUUUGUAAAUUUUGUAAGGGUAAAUGUAGUUUCUGCUAGUAUAUGACACUCAGCGUGUUGAAUGAAGACAAAUAACUAGUGUUAAUUGCAAAAGCAAGGUAAUAAAGUUAAAGAAAGAGAAGUUAGGAUUCCCAGAGGUUAUAUCAAUAAAAGCUGGGGUUGAAGUAAGAGGUGUAUGUAAUUAUUUUAUAUGUACUACUGUACAGAAAAUGAUAUAGAAUUCCUUGCUAUAUUCCAAACACAUUUGAAGCUGCUUUGUCAUUUUUUAAAGAUGAAUAAGUAUCAAAGAUCUUAAUUUGAAAUAGAAACUAGGAAAGCAGAGGGAUUUUUUCAUCAAAAUGAAGAUAAAAUUUUCCCUUUUGACACAAAUGAAUGAAAAUGAAUCAAAUAUGAAAAUGGGGUGUAAUUUGCUAAGAGGACUUCCUCUUUUAUCCUCAUAACAACUCUGUGGGAUAGAUUAAGUUGAGAGGCAGUGAGUGGCCCAUUGUCAUCUAGGGAGCAUGGUGGCUGGACAGGUAUUUGAACCUUGUUCUUCUUGACCUUAUACAACAUUCUACCACUCAUAUUCCAUAGGUGAUGACCAAUGGCAAUGUAACAAAUGGUUCGCUAAAAAGAAAAUACUUUAUUUCAGGUAACACUGUAUAGAUAAGUAGAUAACCGACAAUUUGGUGAUAAGGGAACCUGGGUCUGUUAGUACUCUCCUUUAUAUACUUUUGUAAAAUGGUAGAGAUUGUUUGUGCGUCUUUGUAAUUUAGUGAUUGUGCCUUUGAACAUCCCAUGAAUUGCCAUUAAAGUAUCCAAUUAAAACACC